AUGGAGGGUACAAUGGGAGACACUUCCGAUCUGUACGGCAGGAUCGCGUCCCUGGAGUUGAAGAUGCAGAAUAUCCUGCACCGCGCCCACAAUAUCUGCACCUUCCUGGGCAUGGAGCAGCAGCUCGACAUGAAGUCGGAGAUCCUGCGGGACUUCUACUGGAUGUGCAUCGACGAGGCGGCGGGGUUGCAGAGGCAGAUCAUGGAUCUUAUUAAUGUAAUCGAUGCCACGGAGUGUGCGACGAAGGUUCUCGAGCACGUAAAGGCGGCCUCGCCUGCAUCUUGCUCGCCUUGCUCGUCGCCCUCCAGGCCCUCCAAAUCCUCAUCAUCCUCCACGCCUACGGUGCUGGACAGCGGAGGCCCGCCUCCCACCUCGCUGGAAGGGAGUGCUACCGGGAUCUUGACCGUGCCUUCUUGCUCCACGGGAACUACCGGAGGGGCUCCUUUCAAGCUUCGACUCACCUCCCCGGAGGAGUGUGUGCGCCUCUUCCUUGAGUCGGAGCGGGUGGAUGCGACGAUGGUGCUCCUCGCGCUCGUGCCACAGAAGAGGAUCUCGCUGGUGCCCUACUUUGUGCCUCCGGGUGAGGUCGAGAGCGUGAAGAGCGGGUGCCACGGCCUUCAUCCCAAGUUUCCCGUGCGGCUUUUGGAGGUCCUGGGUGACGACAUGGUCGACGGGGGCCUUGGGAUGGCAAAGUUGGAGAGUCAGCCUUGGGUGCGUGGGGUCUACGCACGGCUAUGCGACGCGCUCCCACCGGACGCCUGGUUCCCGUGCCCCCCGCCCAUCCGUGUCUACUGCGAGGACAUCCGCUGCCUUUGGCUCUAUGCCCACGGGGACUGGGGUAACGAAUCCCCGGACGUCGCGCUCCUCCCGCUGCUCAACGACAUGGUGGAGUUCCUGCAUGGUAGGCUCAGGCACCAGGUGUACGUGUUUGCUAGGUGCUGCAUGCGAGGCUCGUCCGUGAGUGUGGCGCUCAGCGUGAUGAUGACCUCCAGCGACUGCGGGUGGUUUCGGGACUUUUUCAUCGGUUUCGUGAGGGCCAAGGGACAGGCCGUGUACUCCGCCUAUCCGGCCUUGAAGACCUACGUUGGGGACCUGGGGGUGCAGAGUCUAAGGGUCCUGGACUGUGUGAUGGAUCCUUCUGUGCGCAAGGUCAACGUCUAUUCCUCCCCCUAUACCUGCCCCUUGGAUAGGAAGGAUCCGUCGCUCGAGGUAGACCUGCGCAACGCGGGGGUGACACCGACAGAGAUGGGCAGCUACCUGAGCUUCAUGCAGGUGGACGCUUCCGGCUUUGCCAGCUCCCCUGCGAUAUCGAUUCAGAAGAAAGGGUCCAAACGAUUCAAGAUUAGUAAGGCGAUUGCUAAAGACAAGGAGAACGUCAACCCACACUGCCUGUUUUAA